AUGCCUCUUUGUGAUGACAUCUCUCUGCUGUCUUUUGAGGACCACGCCACUGGACAGAAAAUAGGAAGUGCCAACGUCACCCAGCCAAUGAUGUGGACACCCUUCUCUGCAGGAAAAAAGAUAAAAGACUUGGAAGCUCUUACUAGCUUGGAACCGUUUGUGUGCGGUGUGGAAGAAGUCCACCUGCAUGCCGAAAGUGGUACUCUGUUCCUAAAGAAAGUCUAUGUCCUCACCCAAGAAGAGGCCAAAGUCAUAAAGCAGUGUAAUUCUGACAGCUUUUGGUUCAGAUCUGUUCCCUUCUCAGUAAUGGGAAUGACUGCUACGCAAGUCCUCAUUUCCAGAGGAUUCCUUACCACGCAUUCAAGAUUUGGUGCACUCCCUAAAGUUGCAUUUGCCGGUACUGUGGGGUUCAUGGCAGGAAAACUUUCUUAUUAUAAUGCCUGCAAAGAGAAAAUAUUGAAACUGGAGAAUUCCCCACUGGCUGAAAUGCUUCAUCAAGGAAGGAUCUCCAAAUUAGAAUUUCCAGGCAAAAAAGCCCCAAAUGGUCAUUAUAAUGAUGAUGAUAUCACAACCACACCAUCCUUUAGUUCCGAACCCCCUCUGCCAGAACAACCUUACAGUGCUUAUUCCAGUAACUAUGAAUCCAGUCCAGCAGAUGUGCCAUUCAGUGCUUCCAUGAGCGACUCUUCCCCCACAGGAAUCUCUGACAACAUUGCUCAAGAACCUGAGUUGCAGGAGGAACAACAAGCUAAAGCGCCAUCUGUGACUUACUCUGAGCUACGGAAAAAACACAGAGAUUCAGUAAUAUCAGAGACUCCAGUGAGGAGCAGAGCACCAAGGACUGAAGGUAAGAAGAACAAAUAUGGAGAUGUGUGGGAAGAAUGAAAGACGUCUUUACUGCCGAGGCAAUUUCAUCAUCUGCAGACAAAGUCUGUACUUAUUUGUUGUCUGCUGAUAAAUGCACAGAGUGCAAUCUAAUUACAUUUGAGGACGUGCAUUGUUUCUCUGUUCUGCAAAUGACAAAAUAAUGAUU